GCCUUUGCUUACUGUUUUUUGUUGCUCUCUCGUUGGAAGCCUCGCCACUCUGCGUGAGUCAAUGCGUUUGGUCGUUUCGUGAAUGGAUCGCGCGAGAGCAGGUGUUGCUGGACGUUUAUUGUUCGCGUUGGUAAAAAAUGAAAAUAAAAAAUGAGACCGACGGGCAAGGUCGUCGAGUCAUUGUAUUCGCGCGCGCGAAGCAGACACGGCCGUAACGUGGAUGGACGUCCGAGUUAAUAACCGUCUUUUCCCCGUAUUUAUAAGAAUUGAAAAAUGGAAAUACCGGAGAAACGAUUAUCCGCGAGUGAGCGCUCGUGCGCGUACAGCCGGUACAUCUACCGGGGACACAAAACAAAUGCGAAUGCGACGGGGAGCCUGUAGAGCGGUCCGAUGAUCGAGAUGUUUUCAUGGCGCCGUUCAUUAUAUAUAAACCAAGCCGUUUGAUCCUGACUCAAUCGUCCUCAGCUCGUGUAGUUCUCACUAUUACGCGUCUCAACUUACCGAAUUAAACGAGAAUAUGACAUUUAACAUGUCUCCCGUAGUGUUUAAGAUUUGCGCCGUCGCCUUGCUUACGCAGCUACGCAUAUCACCCGGUUACGCUCAGAGUGAUUCGAUCGUUUUCGCCGGUACUGCCACCACCGUGGCGACGACUCAAACCCCGACGACCCGUGCUAGCAGCAACUGUCGUUGCGUGACUGCGGGAACUUGUGGCUCAGCCGGAGUCGACGUCCGAAUCGUCAAUCAGGGAGCCGCUGGUUGUCCCUACGGACAAGAGUGGUGUUGCGGAUCGACGACAGCGCCACCGACACCACCGCCACCUUCCACCUCUUGCGGUAUACGAAAAAUCACAAAUUCUGCGGCCCAACCGGAAGGUACGGCCAAAUACGGUGCGUAUCCGUGGCAAGCUGCUCUCCUCACAGAGAGCAAUGCUUACAUAGGAUCGGGCGUUUUGAUCAGUCCCGAUUAUGUAUUGACAGCCGCGCACAAGACCGCGAUGUACCCCAACCGAAACUUCAUCGUAAGGCUCGGUGAAUGGGACGGUCAAAAGACGAACGAGCCAAAUGCCUAUCAGGACUAUACUCCGGCGCAGGUGAUAACUCAUCCGAAUUACAACAGCGGCAAUUAUCAAAACGAUAUUUCAAUAAUUAGACUGAACAAAAGCGUGCCGAUCGCUUCGAGUCCGAACAUCAAUACCGCUUGUCUCGCCAGCGCCGUGCCUGCAGCCGGAACGAGAUGCUGGGUUUCCGGUUGGGGAAAGAACGCGUUUGGCUCGAGUGGCAGCUAUCAAAGCAUAAUGAGAGAAGUCGACGUUCCGAUAAUCGAUCAAGCGGAUUGCGAGUCCCGUCUUCGCAACACGAGACUCGGACAAUACUUUGUUCUCGACAGAACGAGCUACAUGUGUGCCGGUGGUGAAGCCGGCAAGGAUGCGUGCACGGGAGAUGGAGGUGCGCCACUCGUUUGUCAGCAGAGCAACGGCCAGUGGCAGGUUGUAGGACUUGUCACGUGGGGCAUUGGUUGCGCCAGCUCCGGAGUUCCAGGUGUUUACGUUAACGUACCAAAUUAUCGUUCCUGGAUAACUCAGCUGACGGGAGUUUCCAGAUAAACGAGUUCUCCCUGCGGCUUUCGCUGUCGAGAACGAACUAUACCAUCCAACUAUUACCGCCCUUCGCACCAUUAAAUAUUUCACGGAGUGGAUUAAUCGAAUCGGUAAAAUUUAUAUUUCUUCACAGAAUUGUAACAUUGGCUUAUAAAUAUUUUCCAUCUCGUAACUUA